UUCCCUCCCUCCCUCCCUCUCCGCCACCGAACGGAACGCCAAAGGUCGACUCUCUCUCUCUCUCUCUUUCUCGAGCGCCUCCGCCAAGGUCUGCCUCCGCCGUCGCCUCCCCCGCAAGAGCCCAGCCGGUCGCCAUCUUUGAAAUCUCCAACGCGAUGACGAUCACCAUCGUCGACCACGGGAUCCUCUUCCUCCUCCACGACCCCUAUAACCUCUACGACAUCUCAUUCUACGGCUUCCGCGUCCGCACCGUCCUCACCCACUCCCCUACCAGGGCCUCCUCCUGGCUCUCCUCCCGCGGCUCCCAACCCCGCCUCAUCGGGUUGGACGUCCAGUGGCGAACCGACUUCGGCCCAGACGACAACAACCCCCCCGUCGUCCUCCAGCUCUGUGUGGGCACCCACUGCCUCAUCUUCCAGAUCCUCCACGCCCCCGAGAUCCCCCAGGCCCUCGCCGACUUCCUCCGCAACCCCCGCCACGUCUUCGUCGGGGUCGGCAUCGACCAGAUCGUCGAGAGGCUGCGAUGCGACUACGGCCUCGCCGUCGCCACCGCGGUGGACCUGAGGGCCCUGGCUGCCAGGGAGCUGGGCCGAGAGGAGCUGAGGAGGGCCGGGCUGGAGGAGCUGGCCAGGGAGGUCCUAGGGAGGGCGAUCGAGAGGCUGGAGAGGGUAGAGGGUUCCCAGUGGGAGAACAUGUUGCUGUCGAGCGUGCAGGUCCUGCACGCUUGUCUCGGGGCUCUUGUGCCUCUCCAGAUCGGAGAGGCUCUGAAUGCCGGGGGUGCUCAGCCAUGACACCUUUAC